GACCCGAGGGCGGGAGAAGCCAGGCCUUGCUGGCAGCAGACCUGGACGGGUGGAAAGGUGGCCUGCAUCCCGCUCUCCUGCCCCUCGCUCAGCUGCAAAAAUAUCAAAGGGACACCGUGGGGCGCUCAAUAAAUAUUUGUCCAAUGCGUGAAUGAGUAAAGGCGAGGGAGGGGGCGUGUUUUGAAAGCCCAUCCCACUUCUCCCUAUCAACCACACGUCGGUAGUCAUUCCCGGAUAAAACUCUCCCCUCCUGGUGACUGUCGCCAGCGGACGACCAUGCCCAGGUAUACGGUGCACGUGCGCGGAGAGUGGCUGGCGGUGCCCUGCCAGGAUGCGCAGCUCACGGUGGGCUGGCUGGGCCGGGAGGCCGUACGGAGGUACAUCAAGAACAAGCCAGACAAUGGUGGCUUCGCCUCGGUGGACAACGUCAGCUUCCUCGUGCGCCGCUGCAAGGGCCUGGGCCUGCUGGACCACGAGGACCCGCUGGAGGUGGCCCUGGAGGACAACGAGUUCGUGGAAGUGGUUAUAGAAGGGGAUGCCAUGUCUUCCGACUUCAUUCCAUCGCAACCAGAAGGAGUUUACCUAUACAGCAAAUACCGGGAACCCGAAAAGUACAUUGCCUUAGAUGGGGACAGCCUGACCACAGAGGAUCUGGUCAGCUUGGGCAAGGGACACUACAAAAUCAAGCUCACCCCCACUGCUGAAAAGAAGGUGCAGAACUCCAGGGAAGUCAUAGAAAGCAUCGUGAAAGAAAAAACUGUUGUUUACGGCAUUACUACAGGUUUUGGGAAAUUUGCCAGAACUGUAAUUCCUGUCAGUAAACUAGAGGAGCUCCAGGUCAACCUAGUACGUUCACAUUCUUCAGGUGUUGGGAAACCACUAAUCCCUGAGAGAUGUCGGAUGCUCUUGGCUUUAAGGGUCAAUGUCUUGGCCAAAGGAUACAGUGGCAUUUCCCUGGAGACUCUCAAACAAGUUAUCGAAGUAUUUAAUGCCUCCUGCCUGCCCUAUGUUCCAGAGAAAGGAACUGUUGGUGCCAGUGGAGACCUUGCCCCACUCUCUCAUCUUGCUCUUGGGCUAAUUGGGGAAGGGAAGAUGUGGUCUCCGAAGAGUGGCUGGGCUGACGCUAAAUACGUCCUGGCAGCUCAUGGAUUGAAACCAAUUGUUUUGAAGCCAAAAGAGGGUCUGGCGCUCAUCAACGGGACGCAGAUGAUCACCUCCCUGGGCUGUGAAGCUGUGGAGAGAGCCAGUGCCAUUGCUCGACAGGCUGACAUAGUGGCGUCCUUGACCCUUGAGGUGUUGAAGGGCACCACCAAAGCCUUCGAUACUGACAUUCACGCUGUUCGCCCUCAUCGUGGGCAAGUUGAAGUCGCUUUUCGGUUUCGGUCCCUCUUGGACUCAGAUCACCACCCAUCUGAAAUAGCAGAAAGUCACAGGUUCUGUGAUCGUGUUCAGGAUGCUUACACCUUGCGCUGCUGUCCACAGAUCCAUGGUGUGGUGAACGACACAAUAGCAUUUGCGAAGAACAUCAUUACCACAGAAAUUAACAGUGCAACAGAUAAUCCUAUGGUCUUUGCCAGCAGGGGAGAGACUGUUUCUGGAGGAAACUUCCAUGGUGAAUAUCCAGCCAAAGCCCUGGACUAUUUGGCCAUUGGCGUCCAUGAACUUGCUGCAAUUAGUGAAAGAAGAAUUGAAAGGCUCUGCAACCCCUCCCUCAGUGAGCUGCCUGCCUUCCUAGUGGCUGAAGGUGGUCUGAACUCUGGAUUCAUGAUAGCCCACUGCACGGCUGCAGCCCUGGUUUCUGAGAACAAGGCUCUAUGCCACCCCUCGUCCGUGGACUCUCUCUCCACCAGUGCUGCCACGGAGGACCAUGUCUCCAUGGGAGGAUGGGCAGCAAGGAAAGCCCUCAGGGUCAUUGAGCACGUGGAGCAAGUGCUGGCUAUCGAGCUUCUUGCAGCCUGCCAAGGGAUAGAGUUUCUACGCCCUUUGAAAACUACCACUCCACUGGAGAAGGUCUACGACCUGGUGCGCUCCGUUGUAAGGCCCUGGAUAAAAGAUCGCUUCAUGGCCCCGGACAUCGAGGCAGCGCACAGACUGCUCAUAGAGCAGAAGGUUUGGGAAGUAGCUGCACCAUACAUCGAAAAAUACAGAAUGGAGCAUAUUCCGGAAUCAAGACCUGUUUCUCCAACAGCAUUUUCAUUGGAAUUUCUGCACAAGAAAUCGACCAAAAUCCCAGAGUCUGAGGAUCUUUAAUGCUUUUUGUCACGAAUUAGCAGAUCAGAUGGUACUUAGUUUAACAGCAAACAGUAUUAUGCUGAAGGAGAGACCUGAGAACUUUCUCAGGUGGAUCAAUCAAUUAUAUAGUUCAGUUCUAAUACCUGCUCUGGUUAGGCUGGUGACAGUAUUACAUUUAUUAAAUCUAGCACUGGUUACAGAUGCAGCUGGUGUUUCCAGAUUAUAGGACAUGCACAAUUAACAAAAUCUUAACGAAAUCUAUAGGCCACUCACUCUUAAGGGUGAGAAGACUAACCACAACUGCAUGGACCUUUGACUCAAUAUUAGAUGAACUCAAAUCUUGAGACAGAUUGAUGGCAUUGUUUUCCAAAAACAUUAGACUUUUGUGAAUCUUUUUUUGUUUGUUUUGGGUUUGUUUGGUUUUUUUUUUUGUUUUUUUUUUUGCUUUGUCAAACUCUCCACUAGUUAACUCUGGGUGAUUGUACUGUGCCAUGCUACGAUGAAUGUUCCUUAAUAUUUUGUAAAUGACACUUUUGAAGUCAUAAUUAGUUCUUAAGCUGCUUUUUCUUUUAUUCAUUAAAUCAUAGUAAAGAAUAGUCAAUAGGUCAACAAGAGAUUCUGUGUAAAGGAGUUAAGGAAUGAAUAUAAAGAUUGCUAUGGGAGUGGUUCUCAAUGAAUUGUGCAUUUCAUAUUUAUCAAAUGUCACUGCACAUAUCAAAAAAAGGAUUCAGGUGCUUAAACUGCAGUAGGAGGUUAGUGUUACUGCUGCUUUACCAUGUGUUAGUCUCUAUUCACACUCUUGUAAUAACCCAGCUUAAGAAGCCUCCUCAUUUCACAGGUAAGGAAUCUGAUGUUCAGAGUAAACCAACCCCCUCUCUAUAAUGGUAAUCAUUAAAACAAGGCCCCGUUGACAAAGGUCAGAUGCGCCCUAGGAUGUUACCCAAUCUGUUCCCUCCCCUCCUCCAAAAGAAGAUAAAGAACCUCCUGGAAAGGCUUAAGUGUAAUUGUCCCGAUGAAGGAUGGGUCACAUGACUUCUUGGCUUCCCGAAGCUGUGACUUUGCACCCUUCUGUGCAAACAUGAGCAAGGCGCUUUCCAAGUGCAGGACUGUGAAACCAUGGCUCUAACAACUGCAGCUGGUCAAGGAAAGGACAGGCACCCUUGCCAGCUCGCCUACCUGAUUACAGCCUUUUCACAGUAGAGUCUUCUCUUAGGUUGCAGCCUGUCCACAGGAAAGGUGGAGACAGGAGUGCAAACCAAAAUUCAGUGAAGCAAAAUGUGCUGAGGAACCUGUUUGCCGAAAGGUGAUUCUUGAUGCUGUUCUCUGCUGAAAUGUAAACACGCAAAUGAAGUUUAUUCAUUCUUAUCCACGAGCUGCAGUGGAGCCAGUAAACCCAGUGGUCUGAUGGCUGUUCGUCACUGGUAUGGGGCGGGCUGGUUUCCCACAGGCCCGCGCGGUCCUGCGGGGCCCUCUGUCAUUGAGUUUUCUAUACAGCUCUGUACUGUGCCAUCAAGGGAGUUUCAAGGUAAAUGUGGAAUAAACUAAGUCUCAAUUGUCUUA